CACGUUAAUAUAUCUGAUUUUUCAUUUUCCACUUCUCGCGAUCCAUCCUUCAGUUUCCGACACUAUUGUUUCCGAUAAUUCAAACGGAAUUCAUCCAAAUCCUCCUCAAUGUACCCGUCAUUGAACAACCUCAAGAAGCGGCCACGUGUGGUCCUCCACCACCACCACCUCCUCUCCGCCACCGCCACCGCCACGCGUCUCACCUCCACCGUGGGUGAUUCUUUCCCCGACAAAACCCUUUAUGAAUCCUCCCAAAAGCUCCGCCGCAGUUCUUCCUCCUCUGCCAUAAACAUCUCCUCCGCCAACGGUACGGAAACCAAUUCUUCCUUCAACGACCCUUCCACUGCCGACGUCAUCCUCCACCUCUUCGUCGAUUCAUCACCGUUCGAUUCCUCCACCGAAUCUGACCGCAACGAUGACUCCGAUGUCCAGAUCUAUCUCCAUUCCCACGUUCUCACCCGCUCCAAGUACUUCGCCGCGCACUUAUCCGACCGAUGGCAACACCAGAGAAAUAACAACGGCAAUGUCUCCCCGGAUUUCGGGAGUAAUCACCUGAUUCAUCUCAAUCUUGCUGUUCCUGACCAUCCCAAUUCUAUUUCAAUCCAUUUAACCGUCAUCAAGCUGCUUUACAGCGGCGAUUACGCCACGGUCAUCGACUCAGCAUCCACCGCUCUUGAAAUCCUCCCCGUUGCUCUCGAGUUGUUGUUCGAGGAUUGCGUUAAAUCGUGCGUCAGAUUUUUGGAGGCGGUGCCGUGGACGGAUGAAGUGGAAAAGAGAGUGUUGGGUCUGGUACCAUUCUUGCGUGAGGAGGAAUCUAAGGAGCUUCUGGCUAGGGUUUCUCCGGCUAAGGAUGAUUCGUGCGAAGAGAUGUUGGACGGCUUAAUUUUCGCGGCGAUUCAUAAUCAUCCCAACAUGGCUUUUGUUAAAGCAUUUGUGGCGAAGCUGCUGAGGGAUUUCUCGUCGAGGGAAUCGGCGAGGUGUGUUCUGGAGAGGGCGUUCGAGACCAGCUUAAGGACCGUGAAGGAGAGCCUGGAAGAGUAUUCGAGCCCUGAUUUUACCAGAGGGGACCAUAACGAGACGGAGGCGAUACAGAGGUUGAAUUUGCACAAUGCGAUGACGAACGGGAAGCACUUGUUGUGGCUAGUGGAGAGGAUGAUUGAAUUGAGGGUGGCAGAUUCAGCUGUGAAGGAGUGGAGUGAGCAGGCUGCAUUUACUGCGGACUUGCAGAGGGCCUUCCAAGAUGAUGCCUGGAGAAAUAUUGUCCCAGGACUCCCUGCGGUGGUGCUUCGUUGCACUUGUAAGCUCGCUGAUGCUGUCUCUACCGGGACCAUAUUAACUGCUAGACAGGUAUAGACUUUCAAGCUGCCACAUUUUAUUCAUGAAGUUUAAUUAUUAUGACAGAAAUUGCAAAGUUCAGAACUUGUUUGAAGUGGAUAACUAUUUUAUUUUGAAAAUUGGGAACAAUUAGAGCGUGCUAUUUAUUUGUCAUUUUCAAUUUGGUUAUUCAUCUUCUGCUGUAUGCUUUCCUCCUUACCUUAGAAAUGCUAAUGUUUCCAUUUUGUUUGAAUUCCUCCUUACUUUAGAAAUGCAAAUGUUUCCAUUUUGUUUGAAUUAUGGGGACAAAAUGGGGGGAAGGAGGUUGAUUUUAGGAUGUUACAGGUUUACCUUUAAUCUAUGUACAAGUUUUGAGAAAUUUUAAUCUUCUUCUCCAGGCUCUUUUCUAGUUGCAAUAGAGGCCAAUCUGAGUGGGCUCUAAUCUGAAUUUGUUAUUCCCAGAUAGGUUCAGCAUACCUCUGAAUUAUUGGUUGAUUGCAACUGUGAACUUGUAGCAUUGAUGGGUAACAU